AUGUCCUUGAGCCCAAAGCACUCAACUCCUUUCUCAGUGACAGAUAUUUUAAGCCCGAUCGAGGAGACCUACAGAAAGUUUGGAGGAAUGGACAGUACAGGGAACCUCGCGUCUCCACUGGGCGCAUAUCGACAGACUCCGGUGUCUCAACCGGGACUGCAGCAGCACUCCAUGGGCCAUAACACCGGGGUGGCGAGCGCUUAUCACAUGCCACACAGCGUCUCCCAAUUUUCCAGCGCCAUGGGUGGAUACUGCAACGGCAGCAUCGGUAAUAUGGGAGACCUCCCGUCGUACCAAGACACCAUGAGGAACGGCGCAGCAGCAACUGCAUGGUAUAGCGCAAACCCUGAACCCCGCUAUCCAACAAGUAAGUUGAAAAAGCUUAGUCUUGUUUCUUUAAAAAUAAAUGCCAAAGACUAUUCGUUUUCAAUAAGAAUGUAAAAUGAAUGCAAACUACACAUUGUAAUGGUGCAUGAUGCACAACACUUAACUUAGCCUGUAUCUAAUAUGAAUUUAUUUAACAGCCUGUAUCUGUGCGCUAUUGCAAAGUUUCUAGAUUCAUGGGGGCUUCCACUGGGAUGAACAUGACCGGGAUGGGGUCCUUGGCAGGGAUGGACGCAACCAAAUCAAUGGUGACCCUACACUCUGCGCCCAGGAGAAAACGACGGGUGCUGUUCUCUCAAGCCCAGGUGUACGAGCUGGAGAGGCGCUUUAAGCAGCAGAAAUACCUGUCAGCACCCGAGAGGGAACACCUGGCGAGCAUGAUCCACCUGUCACCGACCCAGGUCAAGAUUUGGUUCCAGAACCACCGGUACAAAAUGAAACGCCAGGCGAAGGACAAAGCCACACAGCAGAUUCAACAGGAGAAUGGCAACGUGUGCCCACAGCAACAGUCACCGAGGCGGGUGGCAGUCCCGGUUCUCGUGAAGGAUGGCAAGCCCCAUCAGAACGGAUCCAGCACACCGACGUCUGGGCAUCAGCAGGUGCAGCAGCAGAACAUCUCUAGUGGGGCGAUGACAGCUUCGGGAAGUGCGGUGGUCAAUCACCAUCAGAAUCAGCUGGUGCAUCAUCCGUUAACCACUGCUGAAGAACUGGAGGAAAUGUCCCCCAGUCCCCCUAUUCUACACAGCCAGAUUAACAUGGCUCAGACAGAAGCGGCUCUCCUCGAGUACACCAAUAACAUGAUCAGUUCAAACCUGCUUUAUGGCAGAACUUGGUAG